AUGUCUCAUCGGAUAUUCCUCAGGACUCCCACCACUGCCGUCUACCGGCCGCAACCGCUGUUUCAAAGCCAUCCCACGUCUUUCUCCGGCGUUGACGAUGGAAGCCAUGGAGGCAGUCCCAGAAAGAGAGCCAACUUCGGGGAAUUUUGUGGGGGGACGACGGCCGAGUGCGCGGCCGUUUGUUGUUGUUGUCCUUGCGGGAUAGCCAACCUUCUGGUUUUAGUGAUUUAUAAAGUCCCGACAGGGUUGUGUCGCCGUGCUUUCCGCCUGAUACGGAGGCGGAAGAAAGGGCUGUUUCAACCGAGGAACGGUUGGGGAUGUGAAGAGGGCGAAUUGAGUAAUAGGUCCAUGGUUUGUGUUAAAGAUAUUUUAUUGGAGAUGAAGGUUUCGGAGGAAGACGAUAAAUCUUUGUUUAAGCUUGAAGAAGAGAUGUGGGAAAAGUUUCAUGGGACUGGGUUUUGGCGAAGUCCUUCUCAAAGAGAGAGAGCCACGCGCCAUUAA